AUGGCGGAAGGUCAUUUUAGAUGGAAGCCAACUAACUUGAUUAAGAAAGUGUUGUGUUUACCUAUGAGAAAAACCAGAAAUGACAUAGGUUUGAAGCUGGAUGUUUCAUAUAUCUUAUCCAACCUAAUGGUGUGCUCAUACCCGGUAAGCACAUAUCCAAAACUACUCUAUAGGAACAGUUUAGAUGACUUAAUAUUGUUCUUGACAGUAUAUCAUGGAAAAGGAAAUUUUAGGAUAUUUAAUUUUAGGGCCGAGAAAGAGGAUAGCGACUACAAAGAUAAGGACUUGGUGGAAAUUGCUGCCAAAUAUGAAGUCAGAGAUUUGGAAAUCCAAGAAAUACGUUCAACACUCGUGAAUGAUGGAAAGAUACCAAUAUCACCCAUUGAUCUAGAAACUAGGACUUUAGUGGAAGAAGAAGCAAAUAACGUGAUUUGUGAAAGAAUCGGUUGGUUGGAUCAUUUCCCUCCUCCGUUUGAACUGCUAGAAGAUAUCAUAGAUAGGAUAGAAAACUAUUUGUCUGCUUCGAAGAUAAAAGUAGCAGUUUUACAUUGUCGAAUGGGAAAGGGCCGAUCUGGUAUGGUUACCAUUGCAUAUCUUAUGAAAUACUUACAAUGCCCUCUUGGAGAAGCGAGAUUAAUAUUCAUGCAGAGUAGGUUUAAAUACGGCAUGACGAACGGUGUCACCAUCCCUUCUCAACUAAAGUAUUUGAGAUACCAUGAAUUUUUYAUCACUCACGAGAAAGCUGUUCAAGAGAAUAUUUCGAAUGAAGCAGUAAAAUUCAAAUUCAAGUACAGACUUGCUAAAAUUUCAUUUAUCCAACCAUCAAGCUUGGUCUCGUCCAAAUCUGCUAUAGUAACUACAAAUAUCCAGCAUUACAGUGAUGACAGGGAUAUUUUGAUAACCCGAAAAACAUUGUAUUCAGACAUGAUGGCACACGAAAAUGGCGAUAGCAUGGCUUUCACCUUUGAUAACGACCACUUGACCCUCGAAAAUGAUCUUCGUAUUGAAUUCACUUUGGGCACAAAGAAGUCCAAGGCAGCGAAUGGUAUCAUGUCUUGGGCAUCGUACGCAAGUUGUUGGUUAAACAUUUACCUAGAAACUUUAAUGCAAAUAAUCAAGGAUGACUCUUCGUCAGAUUACUUCCUGGUAGACAAAUUAAAGAAGAAUGGUAAGUUCUUUACGAUCAUCAACUGGCAAGACUUAGAUGGUUUUGGUGAACUUAGCACUCACGGCUUGAAGUUAUUUCAAGCAUUGAGACUAGAAUGGGAAACCACAUAG